GACCACACUAAAAUUCACUUCCUACCGUGACAGGUUCGAUAGAAAAACAACGCGAAAAGAAGAGACGCACACUGCGGUCGUGACUGUACUGUUGUUUCGAUAACGAAAAUGAAAUUACUCGCCGUUUUGCUCGUCGCAGCGGUUGCCUCCGCCCAGACCCUCGACGACUGCCUGCAGCAGGACAGCAUAUCAUGCGUGCAGAAAAGCCUCUAUCGUCGGGCAAAGGAGUUCUUCGGCCAGGAUAAGUUCGAAAUUGUGCGCGGUGUGAGCCUUGUCAAGUCCCAGGAUUCCCGCGGCGCGAAAACCGGCGAGGAUGUUGUCUACGAUCAGGAGAUCGAAGUCACGAAGAGCACCGUCGCCGAGCGUCAAAAUUCCCUGGAGAAUUUCGUAACUGAUAAAAUCAGCGGCUUCGUUAGUGGUCGCAGCCUUCAGAUAAACUUCUCGCCGAUGAUCGAGGAGGUCAGUAACUCCGCACGCGCCUUGACCGAUUCGGUACCCGAGGAAGUGAGACAAGCCGUCGACGAGGUCGUUGAAGGACGUGGAAAGAAGAAGAUUCUCAAGUCGAUUCUGCCGCUUCUGUUGGCCGCAAAAUUGAAGAUCGGUGCCCUAGCCACUCUCGCCUACUUCGGAAUCGCUCUUUUGGCCAAGAAGGCCAUCAUUGCGUCUCUCAUUUCGAUCGCCAUAUCCGCCUUCAUCGGGUUCAAGGCCCUCAUGUCGCAGGGUCAUGACCACCACUCGUCUGCAACAGCCUACAACUCUGGUGGCUGGUCGUCUGGCGGUGGUGGCGGAUGGUCUUCCGGUGGCGGUGGCGGCGGCGGCUGGUCUUCUGGUGGAUCUCCAGGUGGAUGGUCAUCCUCGGGCGGUUCCGGCGGCUGGGAAGAUCGUCAGGCAGCUCAGAGCCAGGCGUACUCCGGAUAUCAGCAUUAAAGUUCUUAAUCGCAUACCAUGACUAUAGGGAUUGGUUUUACGCAAAGAGAAUAAUCGACGGCUAAGAAGCCAAAAUCCCAACGGACUGAAUGGUCUGAGAAAAGUAUUCGCUUCUCUAGCGAAUUUCCAAACCGCGAAGCCCGCAGAGAUGAAUAACAAUAUUUAUUAUAAUUUAUAUAAUUUAUGUAUAUAUUAUAUAUAUAUAUUUCUGUCCAAAUCGUUAUGCUUUAUGUAUAAAAAUGGUUCAAUCAAUUAUCUCACACUAGUCGCCAUAAUGUUUUCAAAUAGUUUUAUAUGAUGUAUGAGUCAGAUCUUUCGUCUAUGAUGUUCGAUGAACCUCAUUCAUACAACUGUAUAACCACGCAUCCCACGAAACCAAAUACAGAGUUUUUAUAUACGUUAAAAACGAAGGAAGCAAGAAAGAUGACGUAAUAAUGCAACCUAAAACAGUAAAAAAUUACGAAAAGCAGAAUCGAAGAAAUAAAGAAAUCACUUUGAGAA